CAUCUCUACUUAAGUGUACGUGGAUUUUUAAUUUCACGACCUAAAAACACAGACGGCACAGGUGCAACUGGAAGUCCUUUGAGUGGAGCAAGCGAUGAGGACUAAACACUGAGCGACCCCCCCAGCAGUGCCCAGCCAGCGAUAGCCGGACUUUGUCAGCGCCUCGACCCAAUUAGAUGUGCCUGCACCGCCGCAGACUGAGCUGAUAAAAGUCGAGUCCCCGUCCGCUGUUCGUUCGGUCGAUUGUCAUCCAUUAUUGAUAAUAAUGGCCCCCACCCGUCGCCGUGCCAGCGACGGCUUGCUGGCCCGUGUAAACUUCCCGCUGUAUGCCGUCGAUAUGCUGACCAGCCGCCACAUCCUGGUGGCCGGUGGUGGCGGCUCCAGCAAGACGGGCGUGGCGAACGGCUUUGAGAUUUACGAGCUGUAUCACAAUGGCAGCCACUUCUGUGCGGAAGAGGUGCUGCGCCACGAGACCGGCGCCAAUGUGGUGAUGAACUUUGCCGUGAGUAACGGCGGCCGGAGAGGCUAUCUGUGCGCCGGCCAAGAGGCUCACUGUCAGAUGUACUAUGUCCAGCCACGAGUCGAGUCCGAGGAGGAUGGCAAUGGAAAUGGGAUCGUGGACGGAAAGCCGGCGCCCACUGAACGGCCGCAUGAAAACGGAAACGUGCGACAGCGCAACGUACACUCGGGUGUGGAACCAGUGGCCAAUGGGCAUAAACCGGCCGCCACCGCCGCUGAAAUUCUGCGGCAGUUCCAGCGUCUACGCUUCGACAUACAGGCGGCGGAUGUGGUGCAAACGGAUUUCCUAAAAAGCGCCGAGCCGUUGCAGCGAGUGGUCCGCAUCAGCGGUAACGGGCGUCUAAUGGCCACCGGCGGCACGGACGGAAAGCUGCGUGUUUGGACUUUCCCGCAAAUGACCCUGGCCGCCGAGCUGGCGGCGCACACCAAGGAAAUCGAUGACCUGGAUUUUAGUCCCGACAGCAAGCGCAUCGCCAGCAUCUCGAAGGACGGCCAGGGUCUGGUGUGGGAUCUGGCCAGCGGAAAAUUGCAGCACAAGCUACAGUGGCAAACACCCGAGGGGGCCAAGUACCUGUUUAAGCGCUGUCGCUAUGGAACUGUUGAGGCACAAAAGGAUCAAUACCGCCUCUUCACCAUCGCCAAUCCAUUGGGUAAAGUGGGACGGCAGCGGGGAUUCCUGCAGCAUUGGGACUGCGCCAGCGGCGAGCUGCGCCAGGCUGUGGCCAUCGACGAGAGUCUAUCGUCGCUGGCGGUCCGGGAUGACGGGCGAUUUGUGGCCGUUGGCACGAUGUUCUCGGGCAGCGUCUCUAUGUACAUAGCAUUCAGUUUACAGCGCGUGCUCCACAUUCCCCAUGCACACUCCAUGUUCGUGACGGGUCUUCAGUUCCUGCCCAUCACCAAUGAGGAAGGACCGCCCAUUAGCAGCGACACGGAGGCAGCGGUGCUGUCCAUCUCGGUGGACAACAAAGUUUGCAUCCACAGUUUGCCCCAAAGGCGUACGAUCCCCGCCUGGGUUGCCAUUGCCUUCAUUGUCAUCAUGAUUUUCGCUGUGUUUGUGCUGUGCUCCUACGUUGGAAUCUGAUGUGGAUGAUGCAGCCUUGUCCCAGCAACAAGUUUUAUCAAUUUGCAUUAUUAGUUUGUAAACUUGGUUUAGUUUCUUUGUCUCCGCCCCACCCCCGACUUACUCAUUUGUUAAUUAAUUUAAGGGUAUUGUUUGCUGCCUUAUCUCUUAUACUAAUUGCAAUUAUUGCUUAGUUGUACCAUAAUUUGCUUAUCUCUCUAUAGCCCCCCUAGGCCGCCUGUUGCGUGAAUGAAUCGUCAUUUGUACAUGAUUUCCCUUUGCUUUCCCUUUCUGUUUAAAUAUAUUGAAAAUAAAGGACAGGACGUUCCGGUUCUUUAAGUCAGAUUUAAUAUAUGUAGAAUCUUUUUUAUAAUAAUAAAAAAAAGAUUGUUACCAGAAUAAUGGGACAGUAUA